AUGCGAAUACCCUCCCUUAAGCUUCUAAUAGGCUGGGUAUUGUUAUACACGGUGCUCAUCGUCUACGGUUACGCGCGCUUCUAUCGCGACCCAGGGAGCAUUUUCUACGACCCCGACAGGGCUUUCGUGCGGCAAUACACCGACUUCCGGCUGAGGCAGGUAGCAGCGUUCAUCAGCGCGUAUGACAAAGACGCGCUGCGACCUGUGACGAAGGCUGGUGCAAGCCCGAAGAUAUGUGUCCAUGUUACUACCGUUAAGCGAGAUGGCCAGCAGUACAUUGAUGAGACCAUUGCAAGUGUGCUCGAGGGGCUCACGAGCGAGGAACGCGAAGACAUCUAUGUUUCUGUCUUUUUCGCCAACACAGACCCAACCAUACACCCCUCGUACCACAACCCAUGGCUACGGCACGUAGUUGAUGAGGUGUAUUCCGUGCCCCCAGACAACGGCGACCUUAUUCACCGUUUGGAAGGCUACGAAGACAAGGGUGAUUACUCGGCCAAAGGUGUGGUCGAUUAUGCAUAUGGUCUGCAACACUGCUACGACAAGGGUAUGCCCUUCCUGCUCAUGCUCGAGGGCGACGUGAUUGCAGCCGACGGGUGGCUAGUCAAGACUUUGGAAGGCCUGGAUCGCGUGCAGAAGAUCUUGAGAAAAUCCCCGAGCGAUUGGAUCUACCUCCGACUCUUCAACCAAGAGCGCUCCACUGGAUGGGCCUCCCACAAGGUCGGUGCCAACAACGAACUCUGGAUCAGCUUGGCCAUCGCAGCCGCCCUCCUCUGUUUCGCCGCAGUGUUACGUCGAUAUGCGCGUUCAUCCACAAUCCUGACAGACAACGCGUCACUGGCUCUCAUCUGCGCUCUCAUUAUCCCAUCCCUCGUCGUCGGCUUCUUUCAAGCCGGGAAGGCGAACGUCCUCCCGCCCAGGCCAGGCGUCUUUGAGCAAAAUUUCGGAUGCUGCUCCCAGGCAUUACUCUACCCCCGGCGACAGGUUCCACGCUUGACGCAAUACCUUCAAAAUACCGGAAAGGGGCAAGUAGACCUGAUGGUGAACAGACAUGCCGCAAGCGACCAUCUAUCCCGCUUUUCCUUGUAUCCCGUGCAGUUCCAACAUGUCGGCAUCCAAUCUUCAAGGAAGACGCUUGUAGAUGAAGCUCGUUCUAUAUGGAGUAUGGCUUUCGAAGAUAAGAACCCAGUCGCGCUGGAACGGGAUCAUCAACGGCUUGUUGAGGCUAUCUACCACAGCAAGCGUUGA